AAUGGAUAUGUGUUGGAAUUUUUAAAACGAAAACGAAAGUUGGGUGGAUAUAUAAUUUGAAAAUAGUAUUGGGCCUGGGCUUUAAAAACCCAUUUAACGGCCCAAACAUCGAACGGCUACACUUUUGAAGCAUAUCGGAGGCCAGCCAGAGGUUGAAUACUUGAAUUGAAUCAAUUGAAUGGCGACAUCAAAAUUUGUAAAGCGAUUUUAGAUCCAAAAACCAACUGGUUCGCUGCUGUGCACAAGAAAACAAUCGAAAGUCGCCUUCGCAAAUACGGUUUGCGAUAUGAUGAUUUGUAUGAUCCGAUGGAGUCGUUGGAUAUUAAGGAAGCGUUGAAUAGGUUGCCUCGUGAGAUUGUUGAUGCCAGAAACCAGCGUCUGUUACGUGCUAUGGAUUUGUCCAUGAAACAUGAGUAUCUUUCUCAAGACCUUCAGGCCCAGCAGACCCCGUUUAGGAGUUAUCUGAGUGACAUGCUUGCCCUGGUCGAGAGGGAGAAAGCAGAACGCCAAGCCUUGGGAGCAUUGCCUCUCCAGCAGCGCACCAUACCCUAGUUUCUUUCUUUUAUCAUCUCCCAAUCACUUGGCGUUUUGAACUAUAGCUGUAAUAAUACUGUUGUUACUUGCUUGAUAUUAUUUCCAUUUAUGCUCGGCCAGCAUGCUGUUGAUGGUUCAUAUUUUCAAUAUCGUCUAAUGAUGUAAGCAUAUACAUGUGUCGUCGCAUGUAAAAGUUUAUGAAACUUAAAUGGUUUCUUUUUUUGACUUUGAUUCAGAAUAAUUUGUUUGCCA